AUGGCAAGCACGGCUGCGAUUCUCACUUGGGCUCUGGCCCUCCUCUCAGCGUUUCCAGCCACCCAGGCUCGGAAAGCCUUCUGGGACCACUUCAGCCAGAGCAGCGGGGACAAAGGCAGGGUGGAGCAGGUCCAGCAGCAGAAGGUGGCGCAGGAGCCCGCGAGCCUGAAAGACAGCCUUGAGCAAGACCUCAAUAAUAUGGACAAGUUCCUGGAAAAGUUGGACCCUCUGAGUGGGCAGGGGAGGGAGCCUCUUCGGCUCCCACAGGACCCGGUGGGCCUGCGGCAGCAGCUGCAAGGGGAGCUGGCGGAGGUGAGGGCACGCCUGGAGCCCUUCAUGGCAGAGGUGCACGAGCUCGUGGGCUGGAACAUGGAGGAGUUGCGGCGGCUGCUGAAGCCCUACACGAUGGAGCUGAUGGGGCAGGUGGCCCUGCGCGCCCAGGAGCUGCAGGAGCAGUUGCGCGUGGUCGGAGAAGACACCAAGGCCCAGCUGCUGGGGGGUGUGGAUGAGGCUCGGGGCCUGCUGCAGGAACUGCACAGCCGCGUGGCGCACCAUACCCGCCGCAUCAAGGAGCUCUUCCACCCCUACGCCGAGCGCCUGGUGACGGGCAUCGGACGCCACGUGCAGGAGCUGCACCGCAAGGUGGCUCCACAUGCUGCCGCCAGUCCUUCGCGCCUCAGCCGCUGCGUGCAGGUGCUCUCGCGCAAACUCACGCUCAAGGCCAAGGCCUUGCACGCGCGCAUCCAGCAGAACCUGGACCAGCUGCGCGAAGGGCUCAGCACCUUUGUCAGCACCAGCGCGGACGGGGCUGAGGGGGCCGGCCCCGAUCCCCAGGUGCUCUCCGAGGAGGUGCGCCAGCGACUCCAGGCUUUCCGCCGCGACACCUUCCUGCAGAUUGCAGCCUUCACACGUGCCAUCGACCAGGAGACUGAGGAGGUCCAGUUGCAGCUGGCGCCACCCCCACCAGGCCCCGGCACCUUUGCGCACGAGUUCCGACAAAUGGACAGUGGCAAGGCCCUGAGCAAGCUGCAGGCCCGUCUCGACGACCUAUGGGAAGACAUCACCUACAGCCUUCAUGAUCAGGGCCAUGGUCACCUGGGGGAGCCCUGA